AUGUCCUGUCCUGCACGUGUUCAUCCACUACGCAAACCCAAAAACCACCGCGUUCCAGUCCCACGAUGGCAUCUAAACCUUCCUGAUAAUGUCACACAUGUUGGCACCGCGUACAUCGGAGUCCAGAAACACUCCGAUACCCCGGGAGCUGGCGAUGCUCGAGAUGAAGCCAUUGCAACAAUCCAGUCAUGGCUAAAAGGAAAUUCUGGCCCUUUGGCGUACGAGAUAUUUACUGUUGUUGAUGGACAUGAUGUACAGGAAACAACUAUAUGGGUCUGCUAUUGGGAUGACAAGACAGCAUACGAGAAGAGUCUUGGCGAGCUUUCACUCCAAUCAAUUUACUCACGUUUGGCAAGUCCAGACCGCUCCUCAGUCGGUAUCUGGCGAGAAGCUUUUGUCACAGAAUAUCCCAGGCUUGAGACGAAUUACUCUGGUCUCGACUAUCUCCCCGGUCUCGCAAAACUCCCCGGUGCAACAUUCCCAGAACACACUCUGUCAGCAUAUUGGGGUGCUGCCCGAGACAGAAUACCUAAUUCUGCGUACGAUCUCUUCCCUCCUUCGUCAGAUCAUACACCCCCAUCCACGGCACCCAGAGGUCUAGGCCAGUACCUCAUCGGCACAAACGCCGAGAACGUAGCGCACAUCCGAUCAGGUCAAUUCUGGGAAAACUGCGGCCAAGAAGAAGCCGACUCGUAUAACACAAAGCUCGAACCCACGCUCCGAUCUGGACUCGAGUAUCUGUGGGAGAAUUCUUCAGAAACAGGAACUCUUGGGUUGCGUUACCUCCAAAACCAAGGCCUUUCCUCACCCGAGAGUGUUUCCAGAAAAGAAUCGUGCGGCGCGGGUUUCUUUACCAAUCUUGAAGCUCUCGAGACAUGGGCGAAGAGUCACAAAUCUCACCUUGCUAUAUAUCGUGGUGCACUCACACAUUACAAGACUUUUGGAGAGGACAGGAAGUUCAGAACGUGGCACGAAGUUUCGGUGUUAAAAGAGGGAGACGCAAGGUUUGAGUACAUGAACUGUGUACCCAAGACAGGCGUGAUUUCGAGCCUGAAUCUCAAGGUGGAGAAUGUGGAGAGAGUGCCUUAA